CACUGCAAAGCAUGUUUCGUCAACGAUGAUAGAGAAACAUGGCCGGGGAAGAACUUGCUGCGUUCAGGGAGCGUUGGAAACGAGAAUUAACGAGCAAAACAGAGGGACCUGUUUGUGCCCCUUCGCAUUCGGGGAAUUCCUCUGGCCAGAGAGACUCCUCGAAAAAUAGUUAUUUUGAAGACUCGAAACAAAAUCUAAACGAGGCCUGUAGCCCCUCAAAACCAGAAGAGGGGGCUCACACUGGGGACGAAGCAUGUGUUGCUGGAGGAGGAGAAGGAGGCGAGGCUGCAGCAGACUCACAGGAUCAGCCUGAGUAUGUGUCCAUUGCACACAGUUUGCUGGAUGGGAGGACCAGCCCCCUGCUGGAGAGGAUUCAGGAGGAGAGAACCAGGAGAAAGAGGCAGUACAACAGCAUGACCAGUGCCUGCAGUGCAUCCCUGCAGCAGCAUCCUCAGAGAAAGGUCAAGAAGGACGUGAAGCUGCUGGAUCAGCUCAUUCAUGAUCUGAAUGAAGUCAAUGACAUUCCCUUCUUUGAUAUUGAGUUGCCGUACGAGUUAGCCUUGAAGAUAUUCCAGUAUCUCGGCCUCACAGAGCUGGGCCGAUGUGCACAGGUGAGCAGGGCAUGGAGAGUCCUCGCAGAGGACGACGUCCUGUGGUUCAAGAUGUGCAUGGGGGAGGGUUACCAUCAGGAUGCCAGCGUGUCCGACUCCCCCUGCUGGAAGAGCACGCUGCGAGACUGCAGGAACUCGGCCAAAGCGGUGUGCUCCAACUGGAAGAACCGAGUGGGUUCCAUCAGCCAGCUGCAGUUCGAGGUGGGGAAGGUGCUGUGUGACGUCAGCUCCUGUGACAGCUUCGUCCUGGCCGGGUACACGUCUGGAGAUGUGAGGCUGUGGGAUACGCUGCACUGGGACGCGGCGGCCUCGUACCUGAAGACUAACAGCCUGUCAGCUAACUCUGAGCCCAGACCUCAUGUUAGUCACGUCCAGGUCAACGGCACAGUGGCUGCUGCUGCUUAUGAAGAUGGCUGUGUGGACCUGUGGAGCACAGAGACAGGUGGAGAGCCCAUCCACCACUACCAGAGCCCAGGGAGGAUCCAGGCCCUGGCUCUGAGCCCCGACAGCCCCGUCCUGGGCGCCGCUGCCGGGCCCGACGUUCGACUGAACCGUGCAGACGAUCGGGGCUACUGGAGGACAGUGUGCCAGGCUCAGCUACCCAAGAAUGUGGAGAGCCUGGUUGUAGUGCCCGGCAGGGGGCAGCAGCACCCGCUCGCGGCUCUGACAGCAGGGGAGACCGUUUACUUGUUGGACCCCCGGGAGGAGGAGCCACGGACGCUCCACUUCGUCUACGGUCAUCCUGUGACCUGCCUGGAUGCCUCCGACUCCCAGGUUGCAUUUGGAGUGAAGCGCACGGACUGGCUCAUGCAUGACGGAGGAAACAAGGUCCAUGUCUAUAGCCUAGAGACGGGCAAACCUGUGGCUUGUGUCGGCAGCUCCCCGGGAGAUUUCACGUGCAUCAACCUGAGAGACGCGCCUCCUCAUCUGCUGGUGUGUGGCAACAAAGACAGGAGGGUGAGGGUGUUCGACCUACGAGCCGGCUCCUCCGUGGCGUCCCUGUACGCCCACCACCUAGGUGUCACCUCGGUGCAGGCAGACGACUGGAAGAUUGUGAGUGGCGGAGGUGAAGGAUUGGUGUGCGUGUGGGAGAUGAGGAUGGGAGCGAAGCUGUGGGAGAUGCACAACAGGCAUCCUGUAAGGCACGUAAGCUUCAACACCAGCACCUUGGUAACAGCCAACAUCCCCGAUGACAAGGUGCCGCGGGGGGCCUGCAUCACAGACGAUGACCUUACAGCUCACCGCAGACACAGGGGAGUCAUCUGCCACUACGACUUCUCCGAGGACGCAUUAUCACAGGAUCACGUCCUGCCCAUCUGCAGGUCCGACUUCAACGAAUCAUACGGUUACAACUACAACAUCGGCCUGGCGAUGCCUUACGACAGGCUGUCAGGCUCCCAUCCAUCCCACUGACACGAGGUUCUCCUAACUGCAACCAGGCUCAGUUUUUAACUGAAUGGACAAACAGAAACUUUCUACCUUUAACAGUUUAAUUCUCCAAACUGUAUCAUUUUGUGUUCUGACUUUCCUUUUUUAGUACCCUCGUCAAAUACUUUUGGAAAUGUAACACUUCAUUUUUAAAGUAUCUCUACAUGUGCUGCAUUGGUAUUUGUAAUUUAAAACAUGGAAUUGUGCUUCCCAGAUGUUGCACAGGAUCACAUCUUUGUACACAUGACUGUAAAAUUAAUUCAUUUUUAAAUGAUGUUUGGAUUUGAUUCAGUUCUGCUGUGUAACAUCACAGCAAUAAAAAAAGUUUAUAUUCUA